AGGUUCUGAUGCCCAUCUUGCCGGAUACCCUUGGUUCCAAAGCCUUCUUCAGGACAGCGCAACAUCUGAAGAUUCCCUUCGGACCGCACAAGGGAGACCCUAUCCUGAGCGUGGUGGGUGCUGCGCGACAAGACUCUGGUAGUUUGGAGGCCUUCGCCUCGCUGGCCCGAUCCUUCGGCUUUGGUGGUAGUCUGAUGGCCUCAGAAGUGGAAGUUCCUUCCAACCUGAUGGAUGCGAGUGCCCUUGGCUACAACACCUUCGGUGCCGGGGGUUUCUUUGGCGACUCCGAGAAGGCCUGGAGUAAAGAUGGCUCCAACAUCAGCAUGGCCAUCAAGGUCUUAGUGGUUCAUGUGGACGGUCAGCGCACCGCUGUGGACCCCGUGAAGACUGGAGACCCCACCGCAGGCGGCGAAGGAAAAUUCGAGGCUGAUGGGCUCAUGAGUUCCGAGAGGCUCGAAGCUUUAAAGGCCCGCACCAAGCUGAUGCAAGAAGCAGAGGCCAAGUUAUCAGUUGAGGAGAUGCAAAGUCUCUUCGAGACAGCCUUCACAUGAUGGAGCCGACGUGGCACACGGAUGUGGAUUCCAAAAACGAUGAGCG